GCUUCUCUAGACUCCCAAUGUGAACAUGUGAUACGUAGGAAGCGACAAAACAUUUUGGGGACAUGAAAAUGCAGCACGCUUGAGGCCCCCAUCAAACUUGUUGAUUAACUCUCUCAAAAUAACUCCUAGAACCACCGCAACCAAAUGGAGGACCAACCCCGCCAUCAACCCAUGGCUGCCGCGACCCAGUAUCUCAGGGACCUCUUCUCCACGAGGGGCCCCUCGACCGCCCAGGUCCUCAAGGUCGUCACGCUUGUCCUGCUCAGCGGUGUCCUCCUCCUCCUGGCUGGCCUCACCCUCGCGGGCACCCUCAUCGGGCUUGCUGUCACAGCCCCGCUCUUCGUCCUCUUUACCCCGGUGCUCAUCCCCGCGGCACUCACCAUCGGCCUCGCAGUCACUGGGUUCUUGACGUCGGUUGCAUUCGGGGUCAUGGCGCUGUUUUUCUUCACCUGGAUGGUGAACUACCUAAGGAGGACGAGGGAGCGACCUCCAGUUUCUGACGGACAACACGAGGAUGCUGGAGCCCCUACUUCCUCGACCUCACCACAACGAAGUGAUUCUGGUUCAUCUGCUCCCAUUAACAAUGAGAAGGAGAAGUCCGAUAUCCUCGUCAAUCAACAGCAACAGAAGAAUCGGAGGACCAUCCCUCGCUCACAAGACGAGGAUACUGGAGAACAAAGUGAUUCUGAGCCAUCUGCUUCCCACUACACCUCUGCGGUUGGAAAUAAUUACUACGUGUUCUUGAGCUUCAGAGGCGCUGAUACUCGUAAAGCCUUCGUCGAUCACCUCUACCAUAGACUCAAAGAUGAAGGCCUGCCGUUCCAUCCAGACUUCGUGUACAGAGAUAAUGACGACCUCCGCAUGGGCGACCGGGUUGCUGCUGGUCUUUUCAGUGCAAUCGACCACUCUAGGAUUUCAAUCCCAGUCAUCUCGGAACAUUAUGGCAAUAGCAAAUGGUGCCUCCGUGAGCUCAUUCGCAUAAUGAAGUGCCAUAAAAGCGGAAGACAAAUAGUCUUGCCCGUGCUUUACAAGGUGAAAACCAAUGAUGUGCAAUACGUGACGGGGCCAUUUGGAAAGGCCUUCCACAGUAAAAAAAGAUAUAGCGACAAGUUCAAAACAGAAGCGAAGGAAGCGCUCAAACAAGCACUUGAACUUAGAGUAUACAAAUCAGAUGAAGAUUAUAGUGGGGAGGAGGCGAGAUUAGUAAAAGAGCUCGUAGAAGAAAUAAGGUGCCACCUGCAACGUGAUUUUCCAACAUAUCGUCCUGUGGACUUGGUUGGCUUUGAUGAUCAUGUGGCUAAGGUUAUGAAUUUGGCAGAUACUGCUUUUUCCGAAACUCGAAUUAUUGUGAUUCACGGGACUGGCGGCGUCGGUAAGACAACUCUAGUUACGACCAUCUAUGAAAGGCUUUUUCAACAAUUUCAGUGGCACAGCUUUCUCAAGGAUAUUAGACAAACAAUUGAAAGCAAGGAUAUGCAGUAUGUCCAAUCUCUACUAACCUCAGAUUUAACAAAAGGUUCUGAACGUGCAGUGCGCCAUUCCGAUAUAGGGAUAGGAUAUAUCCAGCAAGCUUCUAAAGGAAAGAAGGUACUCAUGGUUCUUGAUGAUGUAGAUUGUCGAGACCACCUUGAUAAAUUGAUUGAUCGUUGUGAGUUCGAGUCAGGAAGUAGAAUCUUCAUUACAUGUCGAAAUAAGACCCUCUUGAAGUCUGGAUAUAAAGAGCAUGAACUCCAAAAACUGAAUCCCACAGACUCUUUGCUUCUGUUUAAUAGAUAUGCAUUUGGCGUGAAACAACCUUCAGAAGAACUUGCGGUUCUUUCAAGUAAAAUUGUUGACACCACAGGAGGGCUUCCCUUAGCUCUCGUGAUUGUAGGUUCGCUUCUCAAAGAUAAAGACCCAAGCAUAUGGAUGGAGACGCUGGAGAAAUUGAAGAAGGUGCCUAAUGAGAAUGUGCAAAAAAUGUUGAGGCUAAGUUACGAUUCAUUAGGAUACAGGGAACAACAAAUGUUUUUGGACAUAGCAUGCUUUUUCGUUGGAGUUGACAAAAGAAUUGCCACUCACAUAUGGGAUGAUCUCCAAUUUUCCUCAACUAUCGGAUUGAAAACGCUGGUUGACUGUUCGUUAAUAAUUGACAAUGGUAACAAUGAGUUGAGAAUGCAUGAUCAAUUAAGAGAUUUAGGCAGAGCUAUUGCCCGUCCAGCAGAUAAAAAGCUUUGGAAAUGUAGCAGACUAUGGGACGAGGAAGCCAUAACAGUUCAACGAGGCAAGAAGGAAAAUAGGAAUAUCGAGGCACUACGUCUGGACAAAAAGGGCUCAAGCAAGUUCAUGGAGCAAAAGAGCUUUAAAAGAAUGCCUCACCUCAAGUUCCUUCAUCUGAGUGAAGUGGACCUUGUUGGAUAUUUCGGGGAUUCGCUUUCUGAAUUAAGAUGGCUAGAAUGGAAGUUGUGUUCCGACUCUACCAAGGUGACCUAUGUUCAUUUGGAGAAAUUACUAGUGCUUGAUUUAUCAGGUGGCUAUAUUAGUCAUGAAUGGCGAGGAUGGAGUUCAAUCAAGACUGAGAGGUUGAAAGUUCUCAAUCUUUCGCGGUGCUCAGACUUGGAGAGCACCCCUGAUCUCUCUGCGUUUGAGAAUUUAGAGAUGCUAAUCCUGGAAAGUUGCGAGAACUUGGAGGUAAUCGACCCUUCCAUUGGGAAGCUCGAGCGCCUCAUUUCCUUGAACUUGAGGUACUGUGGGAUUCUCAUGGUCUUGCCCGAGCAACUGGGCAAGCUAAAAGAAUUGGAGGAACUGAUCCUAGAUGAGACUGAUGUACAAGAAAUCCCUCCAUGGAUAGGAUCUCUGGGGAAGCUGAAGACGCUUAGUGCCGUGGGUUGUCGUCUCCUGACUCGAGUUGACGAUUCAAUAAGCAGUCUGUUAAGUUUGUCGACCCUGAACUUGAAGGCUUGUGUAAGCUUGGAAGGAUUUGUUGUCUCCUUUCGGGCCCAUGGAAAAUUGCAGCGCUUGUCGUUGGAGAGAUGCAACAAGCUGAGAGUGAUCCCUUCUUCAAUUGGGAAUUUGGGAGAGUUGGUUGAGCUGGACUUGUCGCAUACAAUUAUUGACGAACUACCCGAAUCCAUGGCGGAAUUGAAGAAAUUGGAAAUUCUGAGGAUUUCCCAUAGUAAGAUUAAAAAGUUGCCAACCGCCAUUGGAGAAUUGGAAAGCCUGAAAGAGUUGCAUGCCUCAGGCUGCCGUAAACUGGAAGGACAAAUUCCUCGAAAAAGAAAUGGAUUGUCUUUUCUAAAGACCCUUCGUUUAGGUGGAGCAAAGAUUUCUGGCUUGCCAGAGAACUUCCAUGAGCUUUCUUCUCUCGAGAACCUUGAUUUACUUGGCUGUGUGCAGCUUCAGUCACUGCCAAAACCUCCUUCCCUGUUAUCAUCCCUGCAGCUCACCUGCCGGAGCGGCGAGCUGCAGUCGCUCUCUCACCUAAUGCAUCUGAAGGAGCUCACCCUUCACUCUUGCAUGUCUCUUCAAAGCAUCCCAGAGCUUCCCUCCUGCAUACGGAAGCUCCGCCUUCGGAGCUGCCCCAAUUUGGAGAAGUUGUCGAUUCUUCCCGAGUGGAAAUCCUUGUCGGAGUUAGAGCUCUUGCAAUGCAAUGGGCUGACGGAGCUAGAUGGUCUGGAAACUUUAACAUCCCUAAGAAAGUUGAACCUAUCCACAAGCACAGACUUGUCCAACCUCAGCAACUUUGACGAUUUAGAGUCGGUGAGUUCCUCGGACUCGCGCCGCUUCGAUUUUAAAAAGGCGGAUAAUCUCCAUGUGAUAGUAGGCCUUGAAAAUUUGAGAUCCCUGGAAGUGCUGAAUAUCUCUGGGCGCAAGCACAUUGAAGGACUGAAUCUUUCAAAUUCGGAGCAUUUGAGGCAAUUGAUUGUAAAGGAUUGCCCAAGUUUAGUUGAAAUCCUCAUCCCUGAUAGAGUAUCCCUGGAGCGCUUUGAUUGGGCUGGGCGCCAGCCACAAAUCACCAUAGUCUCCAGCGCGCGACCGGCCACUUGAUAGUACUGGAUACUUUCAUUCCUGAGGGAAAGAGCAGCAAAAAGCUGACUAAGGUUCACAGGCCAAAGUUAGGUUUUACAUUUGACAGUACUGGAUACAGGGGAUGCAAUUUGAUGCGAGCGACUCCAAAAAGAUUAGGUUUAGGACACUGCACUGCAUGAAAGAAUUGUGAAG